AUGAAGAUGGCUUUAGUUUGUCCCCUCCUACUCUUCUUUCUCUCUGCAUUGCCUUCUCUCCAUUCUUCUUCUCCUUCAUAUUACUCUGAUCAAGAAGCUCUGCUGGCUUUUAAACAUUCCCUCUCUUCCGACCCACACAAUUCCUUGUUCGAUUGGUCUCCUCAUCGCUCCUUCUGCAAUUGGACUGGCGUUCUCUGCUCUUCUCGUCAUCAACGUGUAGCUUCUUUGGAUCUCAAGGGUAUGUCUCUCAUGGGUCCCAUCUCUCCUUUCCUUGGCAAUCUCUCUUUUCUUAGAGUACUUGAUCUCUCUAACAAUAGCUUUGAGGGCCAAAUUCCACCUCAAUUGGGGAGGCUUUCUCGCCUAAGAUUGCUUCGUUUGUCUAAGAAUGAACUGGAAGGAACCAUUCCCUCUACUCUACCAGCUUGUCGUUCUUUGCGAAUUCUGUUGUUAUCCUUUAACCAUUUGAGUGGCAACAUUCCUCCCGAGAUUGGCCUUCUUUCACAGUUAGAGAUGCUUAGUUUAGGGGAGAACCGACUGAUAGGCACAAUCCCAUCUUCUUUGGGAAACUUGUCCCUUUUAACCAAUUUGCAUUUGGUUGACAACAAACUCCAUGGUGGUAUUCCUGUUGAAUUGAGCGAUAACCAACUGACAGGGACAGUGCCAUUGGAGUUUGGUAAUUUACAGCAACUUCUAUUGCUUGGUUUGUUUCAGAAUAGUUUGUUGAGUGGAAGCAAUGGUUUGUCUAUUCUAACAGCUUUGACUAAUUGCUCCUCCUUGCAAGAAAAAAUUUCUGAUAGCCUUGGUAAUCUUCCACAAUUGCGACGUCUACUUCUUGACCACAAUCAAUUAUCAGGGAAAAUACCUUCUAGUUUAGGGAGAUGCCAAACUCUAGAGUUGGUAGACUUAUCUCACAACAGGCUAAGAGGAAAUAUAUUCCUAGAACUAGGAGGAUUUAAAAAUUUGCAAUUUUAUUUCAACAUUUCCAAUAAUUUGCUACAAGGUUCUCUUCUAGGAAUGAGCAAAAUGACAAUGGUCCAAGCUAUAGAUGCAUCCCUCAACAACUUCUCGGGUGAAAUUCCAGCUGCAUUGUUAAGUUGUGCAAACUUGCAGUAUUUGAAUCUUUCAUGGAAUUCAUUUUAUGGCUCAAUACCAACAUCACUCACAAAAAUGAAAAACCUUCAGGACAUGGAUCUCUCUAACAACAAUUUGUCAGGUGCAAUCCCAGUGGCUUUUCAAGAGAUGAAAUCACUUCAGCAUAUCAAUCUUUCUUCAAAUAGAUUAGUAGGAGAGGUUCCAAAGGAAGGAGUUUUUGCAAGAAUUAAUGAGUCAUCACUUAUGGGAAAUCUUGGUCUCUGUGGUGAGUGGAUCAAUUUGCAAGCAUGCUCUAAUUCCAAAAAAAAUAAAAUUAUAGUCUCCAGAAAGGUGAUGGUACCAAUUGUGAUUGGCAUUGCAAUCUUCAUCUCAUCGAUUGCAUUAUUGUGGAUUUUAUAUAGAAGAAGACAUGGUAAUCAAAAUAACAUUGAUCUCAACAUAGGGCCUAAAAGAAUUUCAUAUGAGGAACUUGAAGCUGCAACUAAUGGGUUUAGCCAAACCAAUUUGCUAGGAGUUGGAAAUUUUGGAUCUAUUUAUAGAGGAAUUCUCAAUAAUGGUAUGAAUAUUGCUGUUAAAGUUCUCAAUUUGCAAGAUGAAAAUGCUCUCCAAAAUUUUAGUAGAGAAUGCAAUGUGUUAAAAAGAGUGAGGCACCGCAAUGUGAUCAAAAUCAUUUCAGCAUGUUCCAAUCUUGAUUUUAAAGCAUUAGUUCUUCCAUUCAUGUCAAACGGAAAUUUGGAGAGAUGGCUAUAUCCUGGGGGAGGAAAUGAAUGUAGACUAAAUAUUUCUAGUCGAUUAAAAAUAGCAAAGGAGAUAGCUCAAGGAUUGGCAUAUUUGCAUCAUCAUUGCUUUGAGCAGGUCAUUCAUUGUGACCUAAAACCAAGUAAUGUGUUAUUAGGGAAUGAUAUGACUGCAUGUAUAGCAGAUUUUGGAAUUACCAAACUCCUAUUUGGGAAUUCAAUGGAUUCAGUGACUUCUACAAAUGCACUUAAGGGAUCUAUAGGCUACAAUGCACCAGAGUAUGGAUUGGGUGGAAGGAUUUCAUCAAAAGGAGAUGUAUAUAGCUAUGGAAUUUUACUUUUAGAGUUGUUGAUAGGGAGGAGGCCUACAGAUGACAUGUUUGUGGGGGGAACAAAUCUACCAAGCUGGGUAGGUAUGGCUUUUCCAAAUAAAAUAAUGGAAGUGGUGGACAACAACUUACUUGAAGAUAUGAAUGAAUCAGAUUUACCAUUGGUAUUUCAAUGCUUUACUCAAAUUAUUGAAGUGGGAUUGGGUUGCACAAGGGAGUUGCCACAACAACGCCCAAAUAUGGUGGAGAUAGUUGAUAGAUUAGAAAGAAUAAUAGGGACAUUUCUUGGCACUCGGUCUUUUCAAUUGCCCAUAGAUAUCUCACCUUUUCUUGAGAGUACAAGUGGUCCUAACAAUCAUAGUUCAAGGAGGGAUGAAAGUUGGUCUACAUCUACCUCUUAG